AUGUCUCCAGGGAUGGACAGUAAAUAUCGUCGCAACGGUCGCUUGAUCGACAUAGUGGAUGAGGAAUGGCGGUCGGAGCAACUUCCUCAUGAGGACAUCCAGGUCCCGGUAGAGGAGCUGCCAGAUCCCGAGGCUGACAGUGCUGACUCCCAUCUCACGCUCAAAGAGCAAAGCAUGCGUUGGCAAGAAAAUUUCCCUGAGCCAGCUAGCAAAACGGAAAAACUGGCAAAGAAGACUCACGGAGCCCUCACUAUUCUAAAACAAUAUGGAAUACAUGAAUGUAACCAUAAGGAACCAAUUGGAGGUUCUAAUUGCAUAUUGUCUAUGAUUGGAAAAAGGAACGAUAAACAUUAUAUACUGGCUACACAAGAUAGGGAUUUGCAAGAUAACUUUAGAGAAAAGGCUGGUGUCCCGUUACUAUAUUUACAUAACAAAUCCCCCACAUUAGAAAAACCUUCUAAAGCCAGUUAUUCAAAAGCAGGACAGAGUUUACAAGACGUAUUUAUAACAGAAACACAGAAAGAAGCUUUGGAAUCUAUGAAAAAAGUGUUUGGCAUAGAAGAGAAUGUAGAAGAACCAAAAGCUCCAAUUAAGAAAAAGAAACCUCACAAUCCUAAUCCUUUGUCUUGUAAAAAGAAGAAAAAGAAGAAAGCUGGCAAUAAUAAUAAAGUGCAAAAAGAUAAUGUUAGUGAAGGCAAAGUAAGAAAGAGAAGGAAAAAGAAACUGCCACAAUAUGUAAAAGAGCAGUUGAAGAGUGCUGUCAAUAAUGGUUAA